GGGCUCGGGGGCGGUGCUGGUGGUGCUGCUGGGCGCCGCCCUCCACCAGGUCCCCGAGGGACACCUCGCCGUCUACUACAGGGGCGGGGCGCUGCUGCCGCGGCUGAGCGGGCCGGGCUACCGCCUGAUGCUGCCCUUCGUCACCACCCAGCGAGCCGUGCAGACCACGCUGCAGACGGACGAGGUGAAGAACGUGCCUUGCGGGACCAGUGGCGGUGUUGUGAUCUACAUCGAUCGGAUUGAAGUGGUGAACAUGUUGGCGCCACAUGCAGUCUAUGACAUUGUAAGGAACUUCACUGCCGAUUAUGACAGGGCUCUCAUCUUUAACAAGAUCCACCAUGAGCUCAACCAGUUUUGCAGUGGCCACACCCUCCAGGAAGUGUACAUUGAACUUUUUGAUCAGAUAGAUGACAACCUGAAGCUAGCACUGCAGCAGGACCUGAACGCCCUGGCUCCAGGGAUCACCAUCCAGGCUGUGCGGGUGACAAAGCCCAAAAUCCCUGAAGUCAUCCGGAGAAAUUUUGAACUUGUGGAAACGGAAAAGACCAAACUCUUGAUAGCUGCUGAGAAGCAGAAAGUAGUGGAGAAGGAGGCCGAGACGGAGAGGAGGAAGGCAAUCAUAGAAGCAGAGAAGGUGGCUCAGGUGGCCAAGAUUCAGUAUCAGCAGAAGGUCAUGGAAACGUUGACAGGCAAGCGGAUUUCUGAGCUUGAAGAUGCUGCUUUUCUAGCAAGAGAGAAGGCCAAAGCAGAUGCCAAGUACUACACUGCUAAACAAGCAGCCAUUUCCAACAAGGUGAAACUCACACCAGCCUACCUGGAACUGGUCAAAUACCAGGCCAUUGCAACCAAUACCAAGCUGUAUUUUGGAAACAGCCUGCCCGCCAGCUUGUUCCUGGGUUCUUGUGCCUUCAACUGCGUGGCUGCAAGCACUGCUGGGGAAACCCGGCUCAUCUCAAAAGUGCGGGGGGGCAGCACCCUUUGAUGGGGCAACAGAGACCCGGCCCUUGCACUGUGCGGCCUCAGCGGCCUGAACUCAAAAUGUGUCCAGUGCCUGGAUCUUCGUCCUCAAACCUGCCUUAUCCGAAAUGUCGUUGUGAUCAUAGAGAAGACAAGUGCUUUCUGUGGCAUCUGCCCACUGGGGGUCUUGGGUCUACCUCCUGGACUGUUCCACUCACACGUGCAUCUAUCGCCUGUGGGGCGGGCGGAGGAGGAGGGGUGUCUGCUGAAGCCACCCUGGGCAGAGCUUAGCUCUGGCCUUUGUGGGGAGAUGGCAUUGCUCACAUGAAAGAACCAGCUCUGAAGGCCUGAGAACAAAUACGGUGCUGGAGUUGCAAGGACCCGAAGGUGGUCCACGUAGACUUCUUUCCAACAAGUCUUCCAUGUGCAUUUUAGCUGGCAGGCUGCCCCCUCACGUUUUGGAGUAAGAUGCUGUUGGAAAGCUUCUUACAUGUAUAGGAAGCUGGAGGAGGAGCUGAGAGAGAGAGCACUGCUGGGAGGGGUUAGCACUGGGUGCUGAGUCCCCCAGCAAAAGUGGGGUCACAUGCACAGCUGCAAGCAUCACUGGCCUGCCCAGGCCUUUCCCCCUCCCCCGCCAUGCUGGGUUUUGGCCGGGAGACACACUGAAGGCCAAUGUUCUCUGCUGGUCAAAGCGGGGAGGGGGGCGCUUCCGUUGCCACUGCAGUGGGACACUUGUGUUAUUUGCAAUGCAGCUGUCAGCAUGGGGUGCGCCAUAGCACUCUGCCACCAUCAGCAGGAGCAAGCGGCUGCACGGUGAGCUCAUCCUUGCUGGGAUGCCAAAUUUCUCCUCUCUGAGAUUCAGUUGUUCUUCAGACUGUGAAGUUGCAAAUGCAGGGAUUGUACAAUGGAGUUCAAGUCGGGCUUUCUGUGGGGUGGGGCUCAUGAGCUACGAAACAGGGAAAAAAUGCCGGGUAAGAAUUGCUGAUUUAUCUGGGAAAGGCUUUGCUUUGCUACUGGCACAGUGUUUGUAAAUGACUGGAAAUGUUUAAUCUCUGAUGGGGCUUUUUACCAGGUGGCUUAUGUCAAAUGUAUAUGCAAUACUGAACUUUGGAAUAAUGGGAAAAUAAAGCUAUUUUUCAUAACCUUC